AUGGCAAGCGCAUGCGACGCGCUGGCAAGUUGCCAAGUGGUCCUGCAGGGCGUCGUAAAGGAUGUGAAUGACGACCACGCUGAUGAUGCCACGUGGGUGCUCACCAGCAGCUUCGUGAUUCUGACCAUGCAGAGUGGCUUUGGGAUGUUGGAAAUGGGGUGCUCUGCGCGGGGGCACGAAGUGAACAUCAUGCUCAAGAACGUCUACGACGUGGUCUUCGGUGCCCUCGCGUAUUACCUUUUGGGGUAUGGUAUUUCUUACGGGUCUUCCUCCAAUUCCUUCAUGGGCCUGAGCGACUAUCUCAUGGACACUGCUACCCAUAGCACCGAAGCCCAGAUUCAGUCGGGCCUUGUUUUCAGUAGCUACAUUUUUCAAUUCAGCUUCGCUGCCACCUCCACGACGAUUGUGAGUGGAUGCCUGGCCAUGCGGUGCCGGUUUGCGGUUUAUUGCAUCUAUUCUUUCUAUGCAGUGCUGGUCUACUCCUUUGUGGCACACUGGGUGUGGUCCUCCAAUGGCUGGCUGGCACAGCUGGGGGUCCACGACUUCGCGGGCAGUGGUCCCGUGCAUCUGCUCGGCGCCGUGAAUGGCCUGAUUGGCAUUGUGUGCAUGGGUCCGCGUCAGGGCCGCUUCGAUGGCAGCAGGCCUGCGAAGGACUUUCGGCCCUCAUCUCCUCCCAGCAUCCUCAUCGGCCUCUUCAUGCUGUGGUGGGGCUGGAUUGGCUUCAAUUGUGGGAGCUCCUUCGGCAUUACCGGGAACCGCUGGAUUGUG